AUGAAAGGUAAACAUCAAUUAAAAUCUAAUUAGGUUUAUCAAAAUGUGACAUAUUUGGUCAAACAAUUACAUUAAGAAUGAAUAAAUAAAAUUUUUAUAAGACUGCAUUUGGAGGAUGUGUAUCACUAGUUUUAUUUUUUACAAUGCUGUUGAUUUUUUCUCAAAAUUUAAUCUCAUUUUUGAAUAAAGAAAAUUUGACUGCAACAGUGUUAACAACAUUUGAAGAAUUUCCAUCUUUGGCUACAUUAAAUGAUGAUACUUUUGCAUUUGCUAUUCAAAUUGAAUAAAGUGAUUUUAUUUAGAAUCCCUAUUUUAACAUUAAAGUUGAAUAGAAACAUACUACUAGAUUUUUAAAUGGGUCAAAAAUAGAAAAUACUUAACAACUUGUUCUAAUUCCAUGCACACUAGAUAGAUUUACCAAUAUUUUUAGUAAAUAUGAUGUUAAUAUAACAAAAUAAUUUUAUGAUUUGGAUCUAUAGAAUUUCUUAUGCUUCGAGUAAAUAAUAUAAAUUACUUUAGUUAUAAUUCAACAUUUACUAUUCAAGGUACUAAUUCAAGUAAUUAUUAUGAAAUAAUUUAAAGAUUAACAAUUUUGGUAUUUGAAAAUUUCAGUAAAUAAUUGUAUUACAAAUAAAUCAUGUGCUUCAGAGAUUCAACGAUAAAAUGAAAUUGAAAAAAAUGGCUCAUUUAAAUUAAGACUUUAUACAGUUAAUUAAGUUUAAUAAAUUUCUUUAUUUUUUAGAUAUUAAAUCCUUAAAAUCCAGAUGAUUAAUAUUUAUAAACAUUUAUAGAUGAUUCAUUUUACCUUAAAUUUUUACCAUCAGAUGUGUUUAAAACUGUAGAUAUCUUCCUAAAAGAAUAUGAAGUUUUAAAUGAUUUAAGUUUAACUCCAUUUAGUGAUAUUGAAUUAUCAAAAUUCUACAUUUUAGAUUAAUCUGAAAUGAAAGAAAGAAUUGAAUUUCAAUCUAAAAAUUCUAAUGAUAUAGCUACUAUAUUUUUUCGUAAAAGUCCUUAUAAGACUACUGUUUACAGAAGUUACUUAAAAAUUGAUGAACUAUUAUCAAAUUUAGGUGGAAUUUAAUAGAUAUUCUUUUUUUUUCUUGGUAUUAUUCUAUCACUCUAUAACAGAUUCUAAUGUAUCAUUUUUAAGUUAAGUUUAAGUACUUGUUGAAUUAGCUAAUAAAUUGUAUGAAUUUUCGUUAAUACAAUUACAACAUGAAAAAAUUCAUGAAGAAAAUUUAGAAUAGAUAAAUCAUUUAACAACAGAAAGAUAAGAAGAUUUAAGAACUAGAAGAUUGACUGAUUAAGAUUUAGAGAUUAAACUUGUUAAUCCUAGUUAAAUUAAACAAAAGGAAAAAAAUGGAAUAUUAAAAUUUGGUUUAAGAUAAUAAGAAGAAGAUUAAGAAAUUAAUUAUUAAGAUGAUGAAGAUAAAAAUGUAAAAGAAGUAAGAUGCAGAUACUAAAGAACAUCAACAAGAUUUAUUAGAAAUCCUUUUGGAAAUAAAACCAGACCAGAAAAUGGUCUAUAAUAUUUCAAAUAAUAAAUUAUUACAAUUAUUAAUAGAUCUUAACCAAUUUUUUUAAGUUUUAGCAUGAUUAUCAAUUUCAUUACUUGUAAUUAGUGUUGUGCAAAUAAAAAAAAUAUUUAAUUAAUGAAUAAAGCAAUGUAUAUUUUGUAUUUCAUUUUAGAGACUAAAUAACAGAUUAAAUAGAUUUAUUUAAUAUAUUAACUAAAUUAAAUGAAUUAGACAAAAUGAAAGAAGUUAUUUUUACACCUGAACAAUUAUUAGUAUUUAAUUUUACCCCUAAACCUAUGAUAUCUUUAGAUACAACAAAAAAAACAAUAAAUAGAUCAUAUUUUGAGUAGAGAUCUAAAUGUGAUAUUGAAAUUUAGUAAUAUAAUACAUAUCUAUCAAGAUCUAAUCAAAAACAAUAAAAUAAAUAUGAAAAUAGAUUACCUUCUCAAAGAGGAAUGCAUUUAAGAGGAGAUGCUUAAUUGUAUUAGGAUAUAUAUAAUGUAAAGUUAAUUCUAAUAAUAAAUUAGGCAUAUGAUGAAAUUCUUUAAGAUUAAUAAGAGAAUAUUAUCAAUAAACAAUUAAUAAAAAAGUUAGGUCCUGAAGUUUAAGCUAUAUUUAAAUUGUCCAAAUUUAUUGAUUAAUAAAAAUUAUCUGCAAGAACAUAAAAAAGGAAAAAUUAAAUACAGUAUAAUGAACCUCCUAGUAUUGAUUGA